AUGCCAGCCUAUAUGCAGCACGUAGAUCGUCUUUGGCCAUAUGUACAGUACUACACGUCUAGUAAUAGUAUGGACUUUACCAGUUUAGACUUUGGCACAUCUGCCAUUCUUGGCGAUGUUUCGUCCGAGAAAAACGAUCUGGUGGGCUCUGGCAGUAAUAGGACUCAGUUAGAGCAGUUUAGGACAACUUUUGAGCUCCCUGGUGAUGAUUCGGGCUCGAAUGACACCUCUCGCACUUCUAAUAACGGUGAAAAGCAAUAUUUCUCGGCUAGCGGAAAAGUCGUAAAGCUCCGAAAACGAGCUCCCAAGGCCAGCGAGUCGACUGAUAGUUUGGGCGUCUCUGAAAUGGAGAAUUUCAUCGAUAUGGAUAAACUCUUCAAAACGGUGGAACUUCGAAAUUCUUUAAAAUCUUCGAUAAAGGCUUCAAAACAACCUUCCCAAAGCAAGAAUGUUCCUCUCUUGACAGAGAAGUAUAAACCAGCAUCGUUUGUGGAUUUGUGCUCAUUGGGCAACGAUAAGCAGUAUCGUAUGGUUUUGCAAUGGCUCAAGAAAUGGUCCCCCAUGGUAUUUGGUGAGCCAAUUCCUGCUCCAGAAUCCAAAACCACUUACAAUAGGGAUUUCGAAGAUCCGUACGGAAGACCACACAAAAAAAUAAUGUUGAUACAUGGCCCGCCUGGAAUUGGAAAAACGGCUGCUGCUCAUGUAUUUGCUCGCCAGAUGAAAUACAACGUUCAGGAAAUUAACGCUGCCAACAGUAUGGAUAUAAACCAGCUGAUUGCUGAAAGCGACAAGAAAGGCUCGAGAGGGGCCUACGCUUCCCUCAAGCUCAAAAUAACGAACGCUCUCACCAGCAAUUCGGUGGUUGGAAAGGGUAAGCCUACGUGCAUUAUAAUUGACGAAAUAGACACCAGUCCCAAUUCGAACGAAAUUAUCAGGGUACUAUCAGACAUAGUUCGUCUGGAUGGUCGUUCCAACAAGUCAUCGAAAAAGCCGUUUCUAAUGCAGAGGCCCAUCAUUUGCAUAGCUAACAGCAAUUAUCUGACUCGGCAAGGAAAUAACAUGGACGUUCUCAGGUCGAUUUCUGAAUCAGUGGCAUUUAAAAAACCAAAUAUCUCGUCCGGGUCUAAAAAGUCCAAUGGGAAUGCUCUCAAAAACUUCAAAGAGCAUUUGAUACACAUCGCCAAGAAGGAGGAUCUCAAUUUGGACUACAGGGCUAUAGGAGAGAUAGUAGAAAUCUGUGAAGGAGAUAUGAGAGCAUGCUUGAACUAUAUUCAAUUCAACUCCCAGAAGCUUAACGUACCCAUCAUGGAAACAAAACCAGGAGGUGGUCCUAAUAAGGACUCGGACAUAUCGUGGUUUGCUCUUGUGAACUUGCUCUUUAAGCGUAACUCCAACUUUUCCAAAGAGGAAAACUUUCAACAACUUUUCGAUUUAUUGUUAAAUGGUGGAGGAGUCUCCUCUCUGAGCUCCAGCGGCACAUUUGACAAAGUGUUGACAGGAUGCUUCAGUCGUUACUUGGACGUAAUCCACUUUCAAAGCGAUACCUUAUUUGGACCUGCUGAAUUGAGCGACUGGGUGAGUCUUUAUGAUCGAAGAGGUUCGCAUCGACUCGAGGCAGAUUAUAUGCCCUCACUUAUUUGCUUGAAAAUAUGGUCUUUAUUCAGUUGUCCUGAUCCUAAUCUUAACCCUACAAACGAACUUAUUCCCAACGGUCGGUCUAUCGAUUUCGAGUCUUACGAAGCACUCAAAUCUAACGAACAAAUACUUGAACAUGUUGUUGGAAAUCUUCCGCCGUCUCUUGUGAAUGCACUUGGGGUAUCGAAAGGUGGAAAAGAAACCCUUGCGGGAUCGUUGCUUCCUUACUUGGACAAAAUGAUAAUGGCAGACCCAAUAUGCACUGGAUCUAAAUCAAUGCUGACUCUUUCAGCUCCAGAACGCAAUUGUCUUGAAAAAGUUUCAGCAAUAGUCAAGGACUUGGAUCUUCGUCUCGAGUCGCAUAAGGCCAUGGACUCCAAUCAGGUACUACUUAAAAUGAACCCAGAUUGGGAUUCAAUAGUGCACUUUCAGAACCAUAGUCAGGGAAAAUUUGCAGCCAAGCAAAUGAGACGGAAAGUUCUGUUUCCGCUUAUUGCGUUACAGCUCGAAAAAGACAAGAUUGUGAAAAACACAACGAAGAGACAUCUAUAUGGUCAAAAAGAGUCGGAGAAAAAGAGAUCGAAACUGGAAAAAAUCGAUGAGUUCUUCCAGUCACUGAGACCCAGAGAGACCGGUCCAACAAAAUCAGCAACGCAUGAGUUGACUCGAAUCUGGGUCAAGUAUAAUGAGGGCUUCUCAAAUGCGGUUCGCAAGAACAUUGGAUGGACAGACUUUUGGAGAGCUGGUGCUUCAUGA